AGUGCCAAAACACUAAAAAUACAAUCAAGACGACAUGAACUUUACUCUAGAUAGAGUCUUUUUCUUCACUUACUAUAAAAAUCAUUUUACGCACAUGGCUUGGUAGAAGUACUGAGCUCACUUAGUGAUUGACAUUCUAUACUUGGAAUGGUACGGUAGAUUGAUUCACACUCUUCGCAUGGAGGUGAAUGUGAACUGUGAAUUAUCAAAACGCCGUACCAUUAGAUGUGACUCAAAAUUCAACAAUCAGGUCUCUCCACUACGUCUUUACUAUGAAAACCCAUUCUAGACAAACUUUCAUACGCAGUAAAAACGCUGAUUUCUGCAAAAAAUCCUCAAAAUUAAAUAAAUCAAGCAAGCAGAAUGGACAGGUGAAUCUCCUACACCCUCAUAAGGAGCUUUUGGUGCUAACUUGCCAACAUAGUCACAAACAUCCCAUCAAUCAAUCCUCCAAGCCGAUCCGACACCCCACUCGAAAGCGUCUUUGUUCAAAAGAUAGGACACCAAUGGAAGACCUCACUACCAUCAUCGAAGAUCAAGAAGCCAACAUCGAGGAUCUCAAUCUUCGUCUUAGCAUGAUGGAGAAAAGAACCAAGGAUUUAGAGGAUGCCUUGAUGCGGUUAGAUACUAUCGAUCAUAGCUCUAGAGUUCCGGAAAACGAGAUGCGAAAUCAGGGAGAUGAGGGUGUUGAAGUCGUUCAGAAACAACAGAAGUCUGCAGAUUUUCUAAGGAAGAAGAAGAAAAUGUAUCGUGCACUUGGUCUCAAUCCUAAUACUGUUGGCUUUUGAUUCUUUGAAGCGCGUGGAAUAAAAAUCGCGCUGUAGUCGAUUUGAUGAUUGUUGGGGUGUUUAACAUGGAAACCAGUGGAAGUCAUUCAUACAUCGUGGGUGUGGAGGAUCUAUGAGACCAGCAGGAGGAGCAGGUACUGCUUUGUACAAAAGUUGGAGGAAUGAUCAGCACAUCUUUUCGGAGAAACUUCAUGUCAGAUGAGACAAGAGAUGUGCUUUAGAGCAUUUAGGUGAGGCGAAUCAUAACUCUUCGUUGCCUGUUAGGUUUUCCGGAUCCUCCUAGUUUAUUCCUUCUAAAAUAUGGUGAAAGCAUAUGGGCAUCCGUUAGUUUUGAUGAAGCGUCUUGGAAAGGGCAUCAGCUUAUCUAUUUACGAUUCAUCACUACUUUAACUAUGCAGCGAGAAUGACUGGCGUUGAUUUUCACCAUCA